AUGGAGAGACGAGGCUUCAAACCCGAAAGAACCCGAAGCCCCGCUUAUGAAAAAAGGAAUCGACAUCGUAGGCAUGAUACAGGUACGGAUGAAAUUAUACGAUUCGUUCGAGAAAGACAGUUGGAAAGACAACCAACUAUAUUAAGACUUCAAAAGAAAGCACCAUUACCUGAUAUAGGACAGUUACCUCCCCUUGGUGUUCAAGACUCUGGAUUUAUUGACAAACCAGUGGAGGAUAGUUACAGUGAGGAAUAUGAUGUACCUGAUGAUGAAGUCAUGGCCAUUGAACAAAACGCAGGAAUAUUGUGUGCGUCGCCUGUGGGAAAUCGAAGAUCCGAUUUCAGGUCAAACAAAUCUCUUGGUUCCAAAUCAUUCCAAAGUUUUCCCUCUCGGAAUGAUCCUUCAAGGUUGUCAAAUAGAAGUUUAAAUAAGUCAUUUAAUGGACGAUAUAUUCGAGUUAACAGACUACUUAAUCCUUUACCGCCCUUGAUGCGUCGUGAUGAACUUCCUGUCAGACCAUCUGCACCUUCUCCAAGUGUUACUCCGCCUCUUCCAGGUCACGAGGAUGAACUUGAUUCUGCUGGCGAACCUAUCGAUUUUAUCGAUCCAGCAUGA